AUGAAGGCCUACAUUAAUGAGUAUAGUGAUACACUGAAAGCAGUUCAGAAUACCUCAUCAGCGACUAUUGCUUCUUCACCCCAAUGGGAAGCUCCUCAGGUUGAAACGGUGAAGUGCAAUUGCGAUGCUAGUUAUUCAGCAUCUUUGCGCAAGGCUGGUGUUGGUUUUGUUUGUAAGGAUCACGAGGGUACAGUACUUAAGGCUACCUCAUGUCCAUCUUCAUUUACAGAUAUUUUGGUUGGUGAAAGUCUUGUAGUUCGGCUUGCGAUGAUGGAGAUGAUUGUUGUUGGCUAUGAGAGGGUGGUGAUUGAGUCUGAUAAUAGUUGUCUGAUUAACUAUAUUAUGAAUGGUGGCCGUGCUUCUCCCCUACACAUUCGGAUACUAGUGGAUGACAUUAUCCACCUUGCUUCCUCCUUUGUUUCUUGUAAUUUUGUUUGUAUUCCACGAGAGAUUAACAGCGUUGUUGGCUCCUUGGCUAGGAGGGCUUUGUCAGUAGCAUGCACUACUGAUUGGCCCCUAUCCACUCCAUGGUUGAGUGAGUUCUGCUCCUCACUUCCUCCAUGA